AUGAAGAGCUCCAUACUAAGCUGUCUCGGUUCCCCAGCUCGAUCAGGUUUUGGUGGAAUCAUUAGAAAUACUUUUGGUCAUUAUUUGGCAGGGUUUUCUGGUUACAUUCAAGGGUCUUCUGAUAUCUUGUAUGAGGGCCUCUUGUUGGCCAUAAACAUGGGCAUUGACGAACUUGUCUGCUAUUCAGAUUCUUUACACCGUAUUAACCUCAUAAAAGGUCCCCAAGUUAAGUUUCAUAUGCAUGCAGUUUUGAUCCAUGACAUAAAGGAUUUGUUUUCCCAAAGUAAUGUUUCCCUCUGUCACACUCUUAGAGAAGGUAAUCAAUACGCAGACUUCUUCGCAAAAUUAGGAGCCUCCUCGAAUGCUGAUUUCACUAACCAUGACUGUCCUCCAGAAGGCGUUCAAGAUCUGCUCAAGAACGAUGCUUUAGAAAUUUUAUUCCUAAAAGACUAG